AUGAUUGCCACCUGUCAACUCAAAAAACCUUUGAGAAAUCAGAUCUCCAUGUGGAAACAUUAUGUGUCUCAAUAUGAUUCUAUGUAUUGUGACAACAUGUUGGACAUGAAAAGGUUGAAUUCUACUGAGGAAUUGCAAUCCAUCGAAAUGGAACAAGUUUUUACCAAUUACUCUCCAAAUUCACAAAUGGUUGAAGAACGAGAAAUGGCCCUCACUUUGGAAAAUGUUGAUGAAUAUGUCAUUCAUUCAUUGAGAAAGAGUCUCUUUUCUCCAAUUCAAAGAAAAAAGUUGAAAUGCAUUUCAAAGGGAUUUAAAUGGUAUUCCAUUCAACAAUUUAGAAAUUUGAAUUCUUCCACACCAUUUGAAAAGGUCAAAAAUUUAUUGACACAAAAUAAGGAAUGGUUCAUGGAAAGCAAAUUGACAGUGAUGGAAUUGAAAUUGUUAUUGAAUGGUCAGUCUUACAUGCAUUCCACAUUGUUAUUGAACGAAAUGGACAUGUCACGCCUCUCUUCACAAAUUAGAGAAAACUUUGAAAAAGUGGUUUGCAAUCUCAAUGUCCACCAAAUUUGA